AAAAUAAAGAUCAACUAAUUUCCGCCAUUGAAAUUCCUUCAAAUGAUCGUAAGAAGUGAAGGAAUGAAAAUACCAUGGAUGAAUUUGAUCAAUUGCAUUGUGCUAGUUGUGUUUUGUUAUAGUAUUGAGGUAUGUAAUGGUCAGGAUUACGGCGGCGAGGAGGUGGUUAAGGCGGCGCCGCCGCCGGCGCAAGAGAAUUGCGACGGCGUAUUCGUGACGUACGCGUUUGAUAAUCGGGAAAGGGAAUAUCCUUUUGUGAAAAACGUAACGGCACAGGCAUGGGCUUUUACGUCGAUGUUGACGGUGAUAAAUACGGGUUUAUUUGAGCUGAAAUCAUGGAAAGUUCAGGUAGGGUUUCAGCAUAAUGAGGUUUUGAUUUCUACUGAUGGAGCUGUGGCUAUGGGCGGCGACGGAUUUCCGGUUAAAACCGGGAAAAACGGUACCGUUUUGGCUGGGUUCCCGCAGGCUGAUCUGAAAACGGCGAUUGAUACCGCCGGAGAUUUUACGCAGAUGGCGGCGCAGGUGAAGAUAAAAGGGACGCAAUUUGGGGUUCCGACGAAAUCAACUCCAAUGCCGAAGUCAAUUAAUCUCCUCAAUGAUGGAUACAAAUGCCCUGCUCCUAAGAAAUUCAAAACUUUUAUGCAGAUGUGCUGCAAAAAGGAUCCAAAGUUCAAGCCAAAAAAUACUUCCAUCAAGUUUAUGGAACGUCAAAACGGAGACCUUUCGUUCACAUAUGAUGUUCUAUCCGCGUUUGAGAACAAGUAUCAAGCUCAGGUCACCAUCGAUAACAUCAGUCCAUUAGGACGUCUUGAUCGUUGGAAUUUGACGUGGGAGUGGAUGAGGAACGAGUUCAUUUAUAGCAUGAAAGGUGCCUACACUCAUAAAAAAGACCCUUCUGAAUGCAUUUACGGACCUCAAGGACAAUACUACAAGGAUUUCGAUUUCAGUGUUGUCAUGAGUUGCCAAAAGAAGCCAGUCAUAUCCGAUCUGCCACCUGAAAUGGAAAAUAAUGACAAACUUGGCAAGUUACCAUUUUGUUGCAAAAAUGGAGCUCUCUUGCCAACUACUAUGAACGGGACUAAGGCUCGAUCUAUUUUCCAGAUGGAAGUUUUCAAACUUCCUCCUGAUAUGAACAGAACUGCCCUGUAUCCGCCUCAGAACUGGAAAAUCGAGGGUAGAGUUAAUCCGUCCUACAAAUGUGGCCCGCCUAUUAGAGUUGAUCCAACAGGAUUCCCUGAUCCUAGUAAAAUCGGAAUUACUCUUAAUGCUGUUGCUAGUUGGCAAAUCACUUGCAACAUUUCGCGUCCACAGCCAAAACAGGCGAAAUGCUGUGUUUCUUUCUCAGCUUUCUAUACUGACUCUGUUGUCCCCUGCAACACUUGUGCCUGUGGCUGUGAACAGACGUCUAAAUGUGACGGGAAUGCAAAGCCGUUGCCUCUCCCUGCACAAGCCCUUCUAGUCCCUUUCCAAGACAGGGAAAAAUUAGCUAAAGAAUGGAACAGGAUCAAGCAUUUAGGCGCAAUGCCAAAUAAACUCCCCUGUCCUGAUAACUGUGGAGUUAGUAUCAAUUGGCACUUGGAAAGCAAUUACAAAACUGGAUGGACGGCUCGUAUGACUCUCUUUAACUGGGGAAACGACCCGUUUGUAGACUGGUUCACAGCUGUUCAGAUGAAGAAGAAUAUUGGUGAUGGCUACGAAAACGUUUACUCAUUCAAUGGGACUAAGUUACCUCAACGAACCAACACAAUUUUUAUGCAAGGCUUGAAAGGAUUGACCUAUUUGGUUGGACAAGUGAAUGGAACUAAUCCUAAUAAGGAUCCAAAAGUACCUGGAAAACAACAAUCAGUGAUCUCAUUCUUGAAGAAAAAUACACCAAAUGUUAACAUUGAAGGUGGAGAUGGAUUCCCUUCUAAGGUGAUUUUCAACGGUGAAGAAUGCGCGCUACCACCAAAUUUUCCCAAAAGUCAUGCAGCAUUCAAAUCCCAAGUUGGUUUAUUGCCUGCAGUUUUGCUUGCUCUCCUCACUUUUCUUCUGUUGACAGACCAAUUCCACUGAUUUCCCAUCCUAUCAACUGGUUUCGGUUUCAAGAUUUUCUCUAGAGGCAAAAUGGAACUGAAGUUGGGAGUUGUAAAAGACAUGAUAUGGAAAUUACAAGACUUUGUAAACAAAGUUUUUAAGACAAGAAAA